CCCUAAUAUACUGAUACUAUCUCACAAACCUAUUCUGUGCUCUCUAUCGAUAUACCCUUUAUUUACUGAGUGACCAUAUUCACAUAUAAUAUUUACAUUUAAAACUUUGCAUAUUUACUUGCAUUUUUACCUAGCUUUCGAUAUUUCGUUAAGUUUUCGUUAAGGCAUCGUCAAGUUGUUGUCGUUCAUUUUCGUCUCUUUAAGUCAUUCAAAAACUUUAAAAAGCUGCCUUCGAACAGCUCAACUCGUUGGCUUCGAGCUGCUAAACUAGUGACUGGCUGGCAAUGUGCAAUUCAGUUGCCAAUUGGCUGCGUCUUUUUAAACAACUUGUUGCGGUUGCUUGUAAAACGAAACUGAAAACAUAACGGUUACUGUUUAGAAGGAUUACGCAGCGAAAAAAAAAAGAAACAACAAACGAAAUAAAGAGCCAAUCCAAUCGAACGUGAAGUUUAAUUUAAUUUAACUGCAAAUUUAUUACCAUAAUUUAAAAAUGUGCCUACCCUACCGUCUGAUCUAUUUAACAAUUCUGCUAAUUGCCUUCGCUCAAGCACGUCCCCAGCGCAGCUUGCAACAUAUUGCGGUUGUGGAGAACGCCGCCUGGGAGCAGACAUUGCCCCAACAACUACAGAAUCCCUUUUAUAAGACGCCGCGUGUCAGGGAUGCUCUAGCCAGAUCCAGUUGGUUUGGGCCCGGCGAGCAGGUGGUAUAUGAGCGCCAGGCAGAGAAAAUACCGCGUAUGGAAAUCUAUAAUGUGCUCGCCCAUGCCGGUCUAAUACCAUAUCGCAAACAUUUCUAAGCAUAUGACUUCUAAUUUCUUAUAUUUUAUAAAAAGAACAAAAUAUCGAAAAAUAUAUAUUAUGUAUACAUACAGUCAUUAAUUUUAGGCAACGAAAAGGAAUUUGUUUUAUUUUGGCGGAACUGAAUAGCUGAACUGAUUAUGAUGAAAGAUAGUUUUUAUAUGCUCAAA